AUGGGUGUUGUAAAAAGUAUAUUCACCACAGUUUCGGGUCUUUAUAACAACAUAAAUCCAAUAACUCUGAGUGGUGUAAAUGACAUCAUCGUCAUCAAAGGAGAAGACGGAGAGCUGAAAUGUAGUCCCUUUCAGCUUAGGUUUUCAAAGCUUAAGUUUACUACAGCAAGAAACCAGGUGCACAUCAUUGUAAAUGGAAAACUCACGGAAAUCGAUAUGACAAUCACUAGUCAAGGUGAUCUGUUUUUUGAACAGGAGAUCGUAAAGGAUGAAUGCGAAUAUGAGAAGGUUAUGGAUUAUCUGCAGUCACCCGAAGUUCAAAUCUUGUCAAUACUUCAAGAUUCAUUAGAUUUUGUAAAAAAAUUAAGCAGCGAAGAACAGAGUUUUUUAAAUAGAUGCAGAGAAAAGAAUCUAAGACUAAGGAUGUUCUCAAAAAAUUUCAUGAAGCAUGAAGAUGGCAGUGUAUACAAUAACCUUCUCAAACAGUAUGCUAGGUUCAGUAAUUUGUUAUGUUCUCCAGAAAAUUACGAAUACUUGUUGAAAAAUUACAAAAGACUUUUACAAAUAAUGGAGAAUAUCAUAAACAAGAACACGCAAAUUCCAAAAAUCAGCUUUUCGGUAUGCUUAAAUGCUAAAAUUGAAAAAUCAUUUGAGAGUGUGUUUGACAGCUUUCUUGUCAAGGACAUUGAAAAUCCUGAAAACACAGCUGUAAAGCUUGAGAGUGAAUCAGGACACGUGUUCUUCAUUUCGUUUACAGCAUUUUCAAGAAUGUAUUUUGAGAUAUUGCUAAGUAAAAAUAGAAAGCAUCGUCUUGUAGAAUUUCUGGAGAAGGAAUACAACAAAUCUGUUGGAUGGAGCUUUUUUAAGUCUAAGAAGACCCUAAAAAGAGAUGUGUGCUUCUCACUGACGCUGAAUUCUGAUGAACUCAAGUCUUUAAAUCUAAAUCCUGGGAAAAAUGAAGUGGUGUUUAAGAUUAGCGGCAUUAAUAAACAGCUGGAUGCCAGCAUUUAUUUCUGGAAUGCAAAUGACAAGAUUAUUGUUUCGGAUGUGGAUGGCACCAUCACUAAGAGCGAUGUAAGAGGUCAUUUGUAUAAUUUAAUGGGAAGAGACUGGACACACUCUGGAAUUGCACCAUUAUACUCCAAAAUUGUGAAAAAUGGCUAUAGAAUUAUUUACUUAACAUCAAGACCAUUAGGCCAGUCGUUUUCAACUAAAAGCUAUUUGAAGCAAGUGUCACAGGACGAUUGUACCCUGCCUGAUGGCCCGGUAAUACACAACCCAGAAGGAGUGCUAGAAGCCAUAUAUAAAGAGGUUAUUCUUAAAAGGCCCGAAGAGUUCAAGAUUGCCUGUUUGAAGCAGAUCAAAAGUUUGUUCAACGGAAGGAAUCCGUUUAUCGCUGGAUUUGGCAAUAGGAUUACUGAUGUAGUGACAUAUAAAACCAUGGAUAUACCUGAAAAUAAAAUAUAUACCGUAAAUGCAUUGGGCCACAUCCAGGCAGAGUAUUCAAAGGCAACUGUUGGAACAUAUCACACAAUCAAUGAGUUUAUUGAUUCAAUAUUCCCACCGAUUAACAUGUCUGAUAGAACAUUCUUAGACCACAGCUAUAGUAAUUUUAAAUGGUGGAAAGCUAUGUAG